AUGAGUUCAUCCAAAGCUGCUCCAAAACCAAACACGGAUGAUUACAAGCUAAAAGACACAAAGCCGGAGCUAGGAGAGAAAUGGCCACACGGAGGACAACGCGGCGGUACGGGUUGGAUUUACAGCGAAAGAGCAACAAGCACAUACGAUCUUGUCGAACAAAUGUACUACCUCUACGUGCGCGUCGUAAAAGCCAAAGAAUUGCCACCGAAUCCGGUCACAGGAAACGUCGAUCCUUACGUUGAAGUAAAAGUUGGUAACUACAAAGGAAAAACAAGACACUUCGAGAAGAAAACUAAUCCCGAAUGGAAACAAGUAUUUGCGUUCUCGAAAGAAAAGAUACAAUCUUCAAUCGUUGAAGUGUUUGUUAGAGACAAAGAGAUGGUAGCUAGAGAUGAUUACAUUGGAAAAGUCGAAUUCGAUAUGCAUGAAGUUCCAACAAGAGUUCCGCCGGAUAGUCCUUUAGCACCUCAAUGGUAUCGACUCGAGAAUUUGAGAGGCGAAACAAGAAGAAGAGGUGAAGUUAUGUUGGCUGUUUGGAUGGGAACACAAGCAGAUGAAGCUUUUCCUGAGGCAUGGCAUUCUGAUUCGGCUUCGGUAAAAGGCGAAGGUGUUUACAAUAUUCGAUCAAAGGUUUAUGUUAAUCCGAAACUUUGGUAUUUAAGGGUUAAUGUAAUUGAAGCUCAAGAUGUUGAGCCACAUGAUAAAACUCAACCGCCACAAGUUUUUGUUAAAGCUCAAGUUGGACAACAAGUGCUUAAAACCAAGCUUUGUCCGACAAAAACGCCGAAUCCAACCUGGAACGAGGAUCUUGUAUUUGUAGCGGCCGAGCCAUUCGAAGAACAGCUUGUGUUGACGGUCGAGAACAAGGCAAGUCCUGGUAAAGAUGAAGUUGUGGCGAAGUUAACCCUAGCAUUGAACAAAUUCGAGAUGCGGAUGGAUCAUCGUCCGGUGCAUUCGCGGUGGUACAACGUGGAGAGAUUCGGAUUCGGCGUUCUUGAAGGUGAUAAAGGUAAUGAACUUAAAUUCUCAAGUAGGAUUCACCUUAGGGUUUGUCUUGAAGGUGCUUAUCAUGUUCUUGAUGAAUCAACAAUGUAUAUUAGUGAUACAAGAACAACUGCUAGACAACUAUGGAAGCAACCAAUUGGGAUUCUUGAAGUUGGAAUAUUGAGUGCUCAAGGGCUUACACCAAUGAAAACAAGCAAUGGUAAAAGUUCAACCGAUGCGUAUUGUGUAGCGAAAUACGGUAUGAAAUGGAUUAGAACAAGAACAAUCACUGAGAGUUUUAAUCCAAAAUGGAAUGAACAAUACACAUGGGAAGUUCAUGAUCCUUGCACGGUUAUUACUUUCGGUGUUUUCGAUAACUGUCAUUUAGGUGGUGGAAAUUCUCAACAAAGCGCGACAAAAACAAUUGAUGCAAGAAUAGGUAAAGUUCGAAUCCGUUUAUCAACUUUAGAAAUGGAUAGAAUCUACACAAAUUCAUAUCCAUUGCUCGUUCUACGUCCGAGCGGAUUAAAGAAAAUGGGAGAACUUCAACUCGCUAUUCGUUUCACAUGUCUUUCGUUAUCGCAUAUAAUUUACCUUUAUGGACACCCUUUACUACCGAAAAUGCAUUACCUGCAUCCAUUCACAGUGAAUCAAUUAGAUAGUUUAAGAUACCAAGCGAUGAGCAUUGUCGCGGUGAGGCUAGGAAGAACAGAGCCACCUUUGAGGAAAGAAGUUGUUGAGUACAUGCUUGAUGUUGAUUCACAUAUAUGGAGUUUGAGAAGAAGCAAAGCGAAUUUCUUCCGAAUCGUUUCACUUUUCUCGGGGUUAAUCUCAAUGAGUAAAUGGAUUGGUGAAGUACAAAAGUGGAAGAAUCCGGUGACAUCAAUUUUGGUUCAUGUUCUAUUUUUCAUCUUGAUAUGUUAUCCAGAAUUGAUUCUACCGACGAUUUUCCUCUACAUGUUUCUCAUUGGAGUAUGGAAUUUUCGGAAAAGGUCAAGAUAUCCUCCACAUAUGGACACGAAAAUUUCGUGGGCAGAAGCAGCGCAUCCGGAUGAACUAGAUGAAGAAUUUGAUACUUUUCCGACUUCUAAGGCGCAAGAUGUGAUAAGAAUGAGAUAUGAUAGGCUUAGGAGUGUGGCUGGAAGGAUUCAAACUGUGGUUGGGGAUAUUGCAACUCAAGGUGAGAGGCUUCAAGCUUUGUUGAGUUGGAGAGAUCCAAGAGCAACGUUUUUGUUUGUGAUUUUCUGUCUUGUUACAGCGGUUGCAUUGUAUGUUACUCCUUUUAAGAUGGUUAUUUCUGUUGCUGGGAUUUUUUGGCUUAGGCAUCCUAAGUUUAGGAGCAAGUUGCCUUCUGUGCCAAGUAAUUUCUUCAAGAGGUUGCCAUCUGGUGCUGAUAGCAUGCUUUGA